GCCAACCCCAACGUUCUUUCCUAGAUUUAGGACACCCCUGCCUUCUCUUUGAUCUGAAACUAGAUAAUUAAGCCCUCAAGAAAGCCAGAAAUUCCAUUGAUCAAGACCCAUUAUUACUUUCCUCGGCUGUUGGACCAUUUCACUUUCCAGACCCAGAGUACCAAAAUCCUCUGGCACCAAGGUGGUUCCAUCCCAUGCUCUGCUUGUCUUCAUUGAGCAGAGCCUGAAGAAUUCAUAGGAGAAAAUGGUGGAAAAAAUGAGCAAGUUCUUCUCUGGGCGGCUUUGGCGCAUCUCAUUACUUCUUCUCUGGGGGAUGUUGGCUUCUGUUCAGGGAUCAAGAUACAGAACCAGUUUGUGGCAGACAUUACAUGCUUCAGGAGAGGCGUCUAAAUCAUCUCCUCUUCAGUUUGGGUCCACAACUCCAGGUUUCAUGAAUGGAAUCCAGAUGCCAGCUGCCCAGGCUAACACAGCUCCACCAAAUUUGGAUGAGCAGCACAACACGGUUGUAAAGAACGAGUGGCAUCAAGAUACCCAAUUUCGCAAGCCAAGGAAUUCUCUCAUUGCUGAAACAGUAGCUCCGAUUGUUGGCAUUUUGGUACUUUUAGGAUGUUGUUAUUGUUGUUGGAGGAUGUGCGCAAAUAAUAAUCCUGAAGAAGCAGCUGACCCUGAGCCAGAAGUUGAGAUAGUCGGGGCAGGGCCUACCGUAGAAGUGGGACUCGAUUCAAACGUGAUUGAUAUUUUCCCACUACUUCCUUUUAUGAUCGAUGGACCAGUUGGUUUCGGGGAAUCUGAGUGCCAGAUAUGCUUGGAGCAAUUUGUGCACGGGGAGAAUGUAAGAGUUCUCCCCACAUGUAGGCAUAUAUUUCAUGAUCAUUGCAUCAAAACGUGGUUGGCCAGCCGAACAGAAUGCGCUGUUUGUCGCCACGAGUAUUUAGGUUGGGAAGCCGAAAUGGUGCCACCGGAUGCUCUUGGACAACCCUAGAUGGUUUGAGCCAUUUUUUCAAAUCCUAGUUCUUUUUCUUUUUUUCUACUUGGAUAAAUUGUUGUGAAUUGGCAAUUAAUUAUGUACAUGCAUCAUUUCUGAACUCAAGUUUGGCUAAAGAAAUGAUAUAGACUUUUCAA